AUGGCUUUUAGGCUCCAAGCUCUGUCAUGCCUUGUAGCUCUUCAAGUUCUGGUCUUGUUUUCAGAUGAAGCAAGCUCUGCAGGACAUGGACAUGGCACCAGAAUUUCCAGACAAAGAAAGCAAGCGACUGGCUGCAAUCUGUUCCAAGGCAAUUGGGCUUUUGAUGCUUCUUACCCCCUCUAUGAUUCUUCCAGCUGUCCCUUCAUAGAUCCUGAGUUUGACUGCAUCAAGUACGGCAGACCUGACAAGCAGUUCCUCAAGUAUGCUUGGAAGCCUGACUCUUGUGACUUGCCCAGGUUUGAUGGGUUGGAUUUUCUGAGGAGAUGGAAGGGGAAGAAAAUAAUGUUUGUGGGUGACUCACUGAGUCUCAACAUGUGGGAAUCGUUGUCUUGUAUGAUCCAUGCGUCGGUGCCUAAUGCCAAGACCACCUUUAAAAAGGGCUAUUCUGUGAACUUUCAGGACUAUGGAGUGACUUUGUUUAUGUUCCGCACACCAUACCUGGUAGAUAUAGUCAGGGAAAACGUUGGCCGUGUGUUAAACCUGGGCUCCAUCAACGCUGGAAAUUCAUGGAAAGACAUGGACGUGUUGAUCUUCAAUUCCUGGCAUUGGUGGACCCAUACAGGCAAAUCUCAGCCAUGGGACUAUGUUCGGGAUGGGACAAACUUGUACAAAGAUAUGGAUCGUUUGACAGCAUUUUAUAAGGGGCUCUCCACAUGGGCUAAAUGGGUUGACUCAAAUGUUGAUCCUUCAAAGACCAGAGUCUUCUUCCAAGGGAUUUCUCCAACCCAUUAUCAGGGGCAGGAAUGGAAUUCUCCGAAGAAGAAUUGCUAUGGAGAACUUGGACCUCUAUCUGGAGCAACAUACCCAGCAGGGCCACCUCCAGCUUAUGCUGUUGUAAAUAAGGUGUUAAGCACGAUUAAGAAUCCGGUUUACUUGCUCGACAUUACGACACUCUCACAAUUAAGAAAAGAUGCUCAUCCCUCAACUUAUAGCGGCGACCACUCCGGCAACGACUGCAGCCACUGGUGCCUACCUGGGUUGCCGGAUACUUGGAACCAACUCCUAUAUGCAGCUCUCAUCAUGUGA